GCGGGUUGAGGAGCGUUCGGUCUGUCGCUGCUGUUUGCUGUCUGUCCGUCCGUCCGUCAUGCUGCGGCUCCUGCUCCCGCUGGCCGGCUUAGCGGCGCUCCUCCGGGCGGCGAGUAUACCUCAGAGGAGUUUUGGGAUUGAUUAUGACUGCAACUGCUUUGUCAAGGAUGGGAGACCUUUCCGUUACAUCUCUGGUAGUAUUCACUACUCACGGGUGCCCCGGUAUUACUGGAAAGACCGUCUGUUGAAGAUGAAGAUGGCAGGACUUGAUGCCAUUCAAACGUAUGUGCCAUGGAACUACCACGAACCCCAGCUGAGUGUGUAUGAUUUUUCUGGUGACAAAGAUCUAGAGUAUUUCCUGCAGCUUGCUAAUGACACUGGUUUGCUGGUUAUCCUGAGAGCUGGACCUUACAUCUGUGCAGAAUGGGACAUGGGAGGUCUUCCUGCAUGGCUGUUGGAGAAAUCAUCUAUUGUUCUGAGGUCUUCUGAUUCAGAUUACCUGGCAGCAGUAGAGAAAUGGAUGGGUGUCCUCUUGCCAAAGAUGAGGCCUCACCUCUAUCAGAAUGGAGGUCCAAUCAUCAUGGUGCAGGUAGAGAAUGAGUAUGGAAGCUACUUCGCUUGUGACUACGACUAUCUGCGUUCCCUUCUGAAGCUCUUUCGCCAGCAUCUUGGGGAUGAGGUCGUGCUGUUCACAACAGAUGGUGCAAGCCAGUUUCACUUGAAAUGUGGAGCUCUUCAGGGUCUUUACGCAACAGUGGACUUUGCCCCAGGUGGCAAUGUCACAGCAGCAUUCUUAGCUCAGAGGGGCAGUGAACCUACAGGCCCUUUGGUUAAUUCUGAGUUUUAUACUGGAUGGUUGGAUCACUGGGGGCACCGUCAUUCUGUUGUCCCCGCACAAACUAUAGCUAAAACACUUAAUGAAAUCCUGGCACGUGGUGCUAACGUUAACCUGUACAUGUUUAUAGGAGGGACUAACUUUGCCUAUUGGAACGGUGCUAAUAUGCCCUAUAUGCCACAGCCCACUAGUUACGACUAUGAUGCUCCACUGAGUGAAGCGGGGGAUCUGACAGAAAAAUACUUUGCCUUGAGGGAAGUCAUUGGUAUGUAUAAGCAGUUACCAGAAGGUCUUAUCCCUCCAACAACACCCAAAUUUGCAUACGGGAAGGUUCGUUUGCAGAAGGUGGGCACUGUGGUGGAGGUUCUUGACAGCCUGUCACCUGCUGGACCGGUGAAAAGCACUUACCCAUUAACCUUUGUUCAACUAAAGCAGUAUUUUGGGUUUGUACUGUACAGAACUACGCUUCCAAAAAACUGUACGGAGCCAACACAACUGUCUUCACCUUUAAAUGGAGUCCAUGAUCGUGCCUAUGUCUCUGUCGAUGGGGUUCCUCAAGGUGUCCUUGAAAGGGACAAAUCACUUACGAUAAAUAUAACUGGGAAGGCUGGAGCAAAUCUGGACAUCUUGGUAGAGAAUAUGGGCCGAGUCAACUUUGGUAGAUACAAUAAUGACUUUAAGGGUCUAGUUUCAAAUUUAACUCUUGAUCAAGAUACACUUGGCGAAUGGGAAAUCUAUCCUCUAGACAUAGAUGGAGCAGUGAACCAUGACAUUAAUGGCCACCUUGAUCAACCAAAGAGAUCUUUUGGCAAUCCACUGAGUUAUGAAGCACCUACUUUUUACACUGGUAGACUUUUGAUUCCUGGAGGGAUUCCAGACUUGCCUCAAGACACCUAUAUCAAGUUUCCUGGCUGGACAAAGGGGCAGAUUUGGAUCAAUGGCUUUAACCUUGGUCGCUACUGGCCAGCUCGUGGUCCUCAGUUAACCCUUUUUGUUCCAGGGAAUAUACUUGUUUCGUCGAUGCCAAACAACAUAACGGUGUUGGAGCUGGAACAUUCUCCUUGCAGCACCCAAGAGUGCGAGAUAGAAUUUGUAGACACACCUAAUAUCAAUGCAACCACCCAGUAUGAAAACUAUGCCCCCCAACUCUUUGUUAGAGACAUACGGAUGAACCAUCUAUAAUGACUUGAGUAUUUCCUUAUCUUCCCCACACUUUGCUUCCUUUUCCCUCAAAUCGUACUUCCCUUUUUUAAUGACUCAAGUGUUAAUCAGUAAGUUGUUUAGCCGAGGCAACUUCUUAAAUUCUUCAAAGACCCCUUUUUUUUUUUUAAAUCUGCUGGAGUUAAAUACUGAAAUUCUCUUAAAAAAUAAAAGCUGUAGCUUUAGAAUUUGCCUUGGACUGUGAAAUUGAAUUCAACUGGAAGAUGAUGUUUGCAUCGGUCUAGUAAAAAUGUAGUCCUUGUAGGCUGCUUACAUUACAGUAAUAUAUACUUUUUAUAUUAUACUUUUGGGUUUCUACCAUGUUUUGCAACUGGAAAGGAGCCUACAGAAGGGGUGCACACUCCUGCUAGCAUGCAAGUUUUACUCGUGGACUGGUAGAUCAGCGUUGCCAAUAGACACUUUCAUCUGAUUGUAUCACCUGGUUAGUGUCAAUAUUAUUUUAGUCUGAAUGGGCUCACUUCCAGCACUGAGCAGACCUCUUUUUUUCAAAUGCAAGCUCAUCCAAACAGCAGUAACGUGGAGAGGGACCUUGUAGUCUGCAUCUGUUCCAUCUUGGAAAGCCAAUUUACUGCUUUCCUUCUGCUAUCUCUGAAGACUUUAAAUAAAUUGAUAAGUGCAAGGACAUAUGUAAAAUUUAGGCUGUUUUGGUUGGACCGUAGCCUCUGACUAACGUGCCUGCAGAAUGUAGGUUUAUAAUGAGCCAUUUUUCCUUUAAUGGAUCCUUUUUUUUUUUUAAAGGACCUGAAAUACCUAUUUUUCAUAGGCCAGCACCUUGGAAGUAGAAGGCUUUAAUUUAAAGAAUUUUCAUUCUCUUUUCUUCAUCAAUUCACAUCUUCUGUUUUGUUCCAGUAAAUUGAUCUUUGAAAGUGCCUGAUAUUUGCAAAGAUGCACAGUCUCUGUCAGUAAAGCUGACUUUCUACAGCAGACUGAAACUUCUUUUUGAUUCUUAUGGUUUUGAUGUCAAUCAUGUACACUCCUUGGGGAGAUUUAAACAACAAAAGAUUAAGAUUAUGAAAGUACUUGAUUCCAUCAUCUGUGAUUUCUUCAUUUGAUUGUUGUCUGACACUAUUAAAAUGGUUCUUUAAAGUUUAAAUCCUUCCUGUAUGUUUGAGAAGGAAAAAGGGAAGGAGGAAGAGUUAUGAGCACUCACAGUAUUAAGGGAGAAAUGAGGUUGUAAAGUCUCUGUGGACAAGGAGUUAUUCUUGUUGAUGUCUCAUUUGUUUUCUGUUACAAAGAUGUACAAAGCAGCUCUCAUGGGCUGUGUGGACCCUGGAGGUGCCACCCUCUUCUGAGAUGGCCAGUGCAAAAACCUGACUAUUUCUUCUCAACUGAUGAGGACUAAUACUGUCACCAGCAGAGAGAGUGAAAAGGAGCACUACUCGCUUGAGCAGCUACAUCUCUGCUAGGUGUUUGAUGGGUUUUCAAACCAGACACAGGCAGUUCACCUGAGCCAGAGAGCUUCUACUCUUAAAUUCUCACCUCAAAUGCAAAGUCUAAUAGCUGCAGGCUGUGUGUUCAGUACCAGACAUGCUUCAUUCUUGGAAUGAAGUGGUCUGCUCUGACCCCAGAUUUUUAUUUUUUCUGGCACCGUUCCUAUGCAGACCCCAGAGCAUGCUCUGCAAGCAGUUUAUUAUGAAGUAUUAAUUACCUCGGAGCCAGGCCUUGGAAGUAAGGAAUGGAACAUAGUUUCAUACCAGUUGUGUGGUUUGUGGCUUGAGGUGUGUAGAAUGACACUACUAUUUAUGUAUUAUUCCUACAACAGUUCAGUGCUUUAACAGCCAGAAGUAUUUUUAUGUUUCUGGCAGCGAGUACUGUGAGGGGAAUGGCUCUCAUUCUAACUUAAUUUCAUUUUACAUUUUACUUGUGAGAAUGUAGUGUAAUCCAUGAGACUUCACUUUUUGCCAUAACUGUGUAAUAUCACAAAGCAGAAAGACUUUGCAUCAAGGAUUACAAACAUUCAUCUGAUUAGACGUAAGAACAACAUGGGAAGAACAGGCUUAAAGUUUUUCAAGUAGGGCUCUAGAUAGCUUCGUUAACACACCAGCCUAUUUGCUGCUUUCAGUGAAAUAAUCUCUUGCCUACAGAAAGGAACUGAAAGUUGGGGCCCUGAUUCCUAAUCCUGAUCUGCCUACGUGAAAACUCUGCUAGAGGUUGCCAAGCCUUGCGGUAUGUAUUUGAGUAUGCAGAAGGGAGGUCUCAGUGACAAGGGGCCUUUGGAGCCCGGUGCUGCCAAGAAGAGCCUGUUGCCACUUGCUGCUGCUUUACCCAAGGAUGUGUCUGUAGGUGCUGUGGCAGGGUGCAACACACCGGGUCACCGUGCCCACACCGCUGCUGCUCCUACAGGGUGGUGCUCCUGGCUUCCUAGCCUUGGCCAGCAGUCCUCCUGGGACUGAGAAUGUGAUACAAAAUGGGACAGCCUGGCAUUUGCUCCUUUGCAGUCUCGAGCAGGUCAGUUAUUUUAACCUAUCCUCAAAACGUAGUUCUGCAGCCGUGUCCGGGGGUGGAAAUUAAAUCAGAAUGAAACUUUCUGGCUGAGGGCACAUGCAUAGGAGAAAAGGGACUGCGGGGAGGUAGCUGGCUCAACUUGACCCAGUGGUGAAGGCACUGGUGAGUCUAGCUUCAGUUUGGUUUUGAAGGACAUAGUGUGAAAACAUUGUCAGACCCCUGGCAAAUAUCAGUGGUGUAGCUGUGUGGUCUGUUCCAGAUGCUGAAGCUCAGUGGGAUGGUCUGUCUGGUGGAGCCAGUUGCCUCCUGAAGGCAGGGCAAGAAGGAAUGUUCCUAAUGCUAAAAUUGUGGCUCUUCAAAUCUCCCCUGCUGCCAGUCCUUGGGAAUUUGCAAGUGCUUUGCUGACACAGCAGCUGAAUAAUGGGCACGGUAUUCUCUGAUUUCAGCAGACCAGUGCAAACCUGGGAUUUAGUCAGAAUCAGUCUGUAAUAAGUGGAGACUUUACACUGGUCCCAUCUGGAAGGUAGGUGUGAUGUCUGCAGUUCUGUAGGGGAGUGCCAUUUGAAAUCUGCCUGUAAAGUGUAGCUGUAGGGGCUUAGCUUAGCACAGAUAUUUUUUUCCAGCCCUGGAGUGGGAUUUGGAAGCUUAGACUGCAAUCCUGCCUACGCAUGAACGAAGGCCUUUAAAUGUGAUUACUGGGUUAUAUGAGCAAGUAGGUGAACAUGAGCGGGUGAAUAGGGUGAACUAUAUGGUUGAAUUCUUUCUUAACCUAUGUAUGAGACUACCCUUUCCCUUUAUAUAUUCAUAAUACGGCUAUCUUUGUAAGUGUUGAUCAACAUUUUACAGUCCCUGAGUCACAGGGUUGAGACUUGACCUUGUCCGUACCCCUUUAGACUCUCCGUGCCCUUUGUAAUUCUGUGCAGGCAGCUCUCCCUGCCUCUGGGCUCUUCUAUCUCUUUGGGGGCUCCACAGUGCCUAUGGUUUUCUCUUGCAGUUUUUUGAUGAAAUACUCAUAUGUUUGCACAGUUUGAAUGUUUACAGGAGUCUAAGGACAGCAAGCACUAUCCACCUGACAAAUGUCGGGUGUUCAGAAAUGUCAAUUAGAGAAGAAGAAUCCUGUGUUUAACAGUGUGAUCUGAAGGAAGUGAUACUGUAUUUUCCAGGCUGAGAAGGUGACCUGUUAACAAAACCCUAAGUUUGGACUGCGAGGGGAAGGAAUCUACUCUCUUUGGACAGACUUGGUCACUUUGAUAUAAUCAGGUGGCUGAUGACUACUGCAGUCCCCUUGUAUUCUCAUUUUGAAUGUAUUGAAAUCACUGGGGACAACGGCAUCUCUGUAUGUAUAAAAUGGAUAUUCUGACAAUUUCCCUAGGACAUUCUUCCUAGAAAUCAAUACAUACUUGAGCAAAUAGCUCACAGUGCUGACAGAUCUGAACCUGAGCCUCUGACAGAAGUUUGGUUAUUUACUGGUUGUUGUCUCUGUACCAGCAGGAAACUACUUGAGUAUGUUCUUCUGUUAACUGGAUGACUGGGUUUACAGGAAUUUUGAGAGGUGCAGAACAACAUAGAGAAGACUCAGCAAGGAUGUGAAAGAGUGACCAGGUCCUGAAUGACCUGGUCCAGGUGCUGCAGCAGCAUUUUUGGUUUUUUUUUUUUUUUUUUGAAAGAAAUGACUGUGUUGCAAGAAAGCUGUCUUGCAGGCCAGGACUUGAGUGUGGUAGCCAAACUUGAGGUCCUGGCUGGAAGAUAGCAUGAAAAAAGUAACUGGAAACUGCAGAAGAAUGGGAUCUGCUUUGAUGAUUCUCCUUCAAUGAGAAAGCAAAACUGAGCAGGAAGAGAUGACCUUGGGACUUUAUGGAAAGGGCUGAAUGGAAAAAUGUUGGAAAAAAAUGUCACAGGGAUCUUUGUCAUGCUUUUGCCAAAUAAAGUGUAUAUGUUUAAAA